GGCGCAACCAAGUCAACGAGGGAAGGAAAAGAGAGCGAGAGAGCGAGCGCAGGGCAAAGAGGGAGAGAGGGGAAGAGUUGUGGAGGAGAAGAAACAUUUUGUUUUCAGCCUGGUUCUGAGUUAAAGGAGAUUUCAGGAGCUGUUGGAGUCUUUUUUUUUCACUCAUUCUUUCGUCACCAGUUACUGUCCGGGUUUCACCAUGAAGCGCCCCUCCGCCUCCUCAGUUGGACUCAUCUUCCUCCUGAUUGGCUACGCUGUGGCAGGACCUGAGCCUGAGCUUCGUCCUCGAGCGGUGCGUUCAAGUGCCUGUCAGGAGCACACGAACCUUCACAACCGACUGGAUGUAGUGGAGAAGAAAGUUGAAGACACAGUUGGGAAGUUGGAGGUUGAGCUGGCUGCUCUUCUGGACGCCAUAGAAGCCCCGGAGUGGCGCCCCCUGUUGGACAAUACCGGAGAAACAGCAGUGGACAUCCUGAAAGAGCCGGAGCAGAGGACUUAACCCAUAAGAACCCACGGUGACACGGGUGUCACAAACGUUUUAAAUGUUCUAGUACAGGGAUUCCCAAAGUGUGGUGCAUGGACCCCUGGGGGUGCGCGAGAUGAAAAAUGUAAUGGCGGUCUGAUAAUAACACAAUUACAUUUUUUUCCCCCACACAAUAAAGAAGUGUAAAUUAACAUUUCCUUUGAAAAAUGUAAAAUCAA